AGCCCUAUCCCGCUUGCUGAAGUUAGCAUUCAGAUGGCUAAUUAUACACACGUAUAGACAAGCAUCCCGGUCCAUCCGAAGUAUAAGGUCCAGGAUCCGGUGUUCGUCCGAGACCUGCUCCUAUUCAAAUAGGCACAGACGUCUAGUGGCGACGAUAUAGUGCAUAUAUAGGCCGCAGCACAUUCGAGAGGACGCCUGUACGUCCACAGCAGUCCCCACGCAUCCUUCCGAGUCCAUCAACACCACAAUGAAGUCCUUCAUCGUCGCCGCCCUGGCCGCAAACGCCGCCGCUCAAGCAGCCACAAACUUACCCAUCCGCUACAGUGGAAUUGGCCAGGAUGCCUCGGGCGUCACCGUGAAAGACGGCAUCAUCAACGCCUCUGACAAACGCUUCUGGCUCGGCAAACCCGCAAAAACCUAUUGCGGGCCGCCGCUACGGGAUCCCGCAUCCGUCGUUUGCAAGUCCAAUGACGAGAACAACAAGACAACCCUCUUCCUCUACGUCCCUGCUGAUGGCACCUUCAAACUCGAUUCCACCGAUAAUGGGCAGUAUGUCUAUGUGGCCGUGGAUGGCGCGCUGGGCUUUGCGUGGUAUCGAGAUCUUCCCAAGGACGGUGUGAUAGUGGGCUUCUCGAAUGGCAACGGCGAGGUCCUGACAUUCGAGGGCAAGGAGUGGUUGUCAUGUCCGGUGGAGGGUGAGGAGGCGUGGCAGCUUUUCGCGCAGAGCCGGUCGAGCAGGACUGACUGCGUGGGCACCACGUUCAAGCUGAAGCAGGAGAAGGAGCGAUAUGAGGGCGGUCCUGCUGGUGCGGCUGAAUACAUCUAGAUUGGGGCAGCGUACCAGCGACCUCGUGAGGUGGUACAAUUCUGGGAGGGGAAUGGUUGGCG